AUGGAGAAGCGCAGAACCGCCGGAGACGGCGAAACCCAGCUACCGGAAGCCAUAAUUCAGCACAUACAGUCCUUCCUCGACGGAAAGGAGAUUGCGCAGACCAGUGUCCUAUCCAAAUCAUGGUAUGCCGCCUGGUACACCCACCCGAAUCUGGAUCUUGACCAGCGUCACUUCUCCAAUUCCCGAAGGAAUGUCCCCAAUGUUAGACAAUUGAAGUACUCGCGGCGGACGAUGCGGAGGUACGAAGCCAUCGGCCGGAAGAUCGAGAGCCUGAGCCUGUGGAUGGGCGACUCGCAAGCGGUCGGCCAAGGGUUGAAUCGUUCUCUCGCCAGCGAGUUGAUUGUGAGAGCUCUGCAAAUGGGCGCCACCGUUCUUCAUAUGGAAAUCUCGGGUCGAGGGGCGCCGCUUCUGUUACCUCGUGAGGUGUUUGAAUCCGAAACCCUAUACAGCUUAUCCAUGGUUAAUUGCGAAAUUGAUCGAGGGGUUGAAACAAAGGUGAGCUGCUCUUCACUUAAAUCUCUCAAUUUAUCCAAGGUGUUGGUUGAAGGUGAUACAAUUUGGGAUAUAAUAAGGAGCUGCCCACUGAUUGAGCAGCUGAUACUUUCCGAAUGCGUGUGUUCGGAGUAUCACACGAGAAGUGGUGGAAAAACGACCAAUUUCAUGCCGUUUAAUUACCUUAAUGAGUUCAGGAAAGAAGACGUUGGGCCGCUGAUUUACAGGCGGACCUAUCCAUACCAGUUUCAUGGCCUCAUGCGCUUGUAUUUGGAGAUGGUUGAUAUUGGUAAAUCGUUUUUCAGCGACUUCUCGACUAAAUUCCCAUUACUCCAGGAUUUGACUGUUCAUCAAUGCAUCUGGGAUAAGCAAGCGUAUAUUUCGAGCCCGACACUUGAGCGCGUGAGCUGGGCCGAUAAGAACGAGUUUUGGGCCAAAUUCGAUGUACCACGGCUUCGUAAGUUUAGCUUUUCGGGUUCGUGCUUGCCUGCCCUGACAUUUGAGAAAACUUCAAAUGCAUGGGAAUCCGAAAUAUCCGUACUGCAUGGUGAGCCCGGGACUCUUUCUCUCGUUCGGUUGAAGAAGUUUCUGAAGAAGCUGAGACGGUCGAGAAUUUCUCUAUCUUUCAAUAUCGGGCUUAUCUCACAGAAGAACUUUGAGUAUGUGGGGGAUAUAGAAGGCUCGCGUAGGCCUGUGGUGGAGAAUUUGAUGCUACUAGUGAUGGAUGCCCCAUCUUCGAUUUGUUCCUCACUAUUGGGUUGUUUGUUUUGGAGCUGUUGCCCGAAGUUUAUAACUCAAUGCCAGCUGCCCCAGUCGUGGAUUAAAGUGAAUGUUAAAAAUGAUAUAUUGGCAAUACUUCUCAAGAGGUUGGUGCAGGUUAAAGAAGAUCGUUUUGUCCCCAACCGUAGUAUGUUAGGCCAGUGUGAUCUCGAGAAAGUAAGUGUGGAGGCUUUUGAUGAGACUCUCGCAGAGUGGGUACCGAUGACCCGGUCAACCUUGUUGGAUGCUAUGCUUGACCCGGAAAGUAACCCGAACAUCCGCCUCCAUUUGGGGUGGGCGCAACCUAAAUAA